CCUGGUCACGUGUAAAAACAAGCCGUUGAUUGUUCCUGCCGGAUGACUGUUGCUUAAAGUUUGCUCUUGCAUCCUCUGUUAUUAUCAACAAGGACGCCUUAUUUGGUCACAUCCUAAUUGUCGUGUGUUUUCAGCCGUCAGUUUGCAUCUGGCUCAAUGGCGUCCUGUGUAACGGAGUGGUUCACAUCUGGUUCCAACAUUAUUUUGUGUGCAACAGCCCUGCAGUCCUCCUACAAACUUUUUAGGGACCACAGGGGACCCUCAGUUGGCUUCUUCCUGCUGGGAUUCUCUGCAGCUCUUUCCGUCCUCCAUGUCUCCAUGUCUUCCUUUCAGAGAGAAGCAGAGUGGACCGGAGAGGUUCUGGCUCCGGCUCUAGUUUCCUUUGACCUCCUCUGGCUCAGUCAGGACCACAACACGGCUCGUGUUCUCCUGACCGGUUCCUGUUUGCUGCUUGGACUCUCAGACUGGUUCUCAGCAGAUACGCUCAAUAUCCUGACUCGCUGCCUUGGUCUGUCUUCUCUGUCCUGCUGCUUAACUGUGUGUCUGUUCACAGGGAAUGGCUUAGGGGCCGCAGGUGGCGUGGCCCUCAGUCUUCCGUUACUGCUGACAGAGAGAGCCCACACUGUUGCGCCUCUGAUUUCUCCACCUGCUACAGAAGGACUUAUAAAAUGGUCGUUGUCAAUAGGUUGUUGGUUUUCAACACAAGGUCUUAACAAGUUUCUGUUGGAUGUGACUGAGCAAUAAAUGUAUAAAUCUCUGAUUAUCUGUAAUAUCUGUGCAAUAAUGUAUUUAUUAGAGAAAGUAACUACAGAUGCAAUAUUUGCUUUUGAGGGUGUUGAUUGUCAAGUAUAGAGAAGGUCAGAGGGAGCUGCAUUGUGUUUUUGUAGAUCUAGAGAAAGCAUAUGGCAGGGUGCAAAGAGAGGAGUAUUGGAUGAGGAGGUUGGGAGUAGCGGAGAAGGAUUUUAAAGUGGUGCAGGACAUGUAUGAGAGCUGUAAGACAAUGUGCUGUGGGUUUGUUGGGAGUUCAAGGUGGAAGUGGGACUACAUCACGGAUCGGUUCUGAGCCCCUUUUUGUUUGCUGUGGUGAUGGACAGGUUGACAAAUAAGGUUAGACAGGAAUCACCUUGGUCUAUGAUGUUUACUGAUGAAAUAAUGAUCUGUGGAGGAAAAUCUAGAGAAAUUCAGGUUUGCUCCGAUAAGGAGAGGAAUGAAAGUUAGCCGGAGCAAGACAGAAUACGUGUGUGAAUGAGAGGGAGCCAUGGGGUUACAGGCAACAGAGGUAAAGAAGGUGGAGGAUUUUAAGUACUUGGGAUCAAAAUCCAUUCCUCAACGGCUGGAGUCCUGCAACCUUUAGAUGUGUCUUUCUGUCAACACACCUGAAUCACAUAAUUAGGUAAUUAGCCAGACUCUGUAGAACUUGAGUGCAUGAGGAGAUAAUUUAGUCAUUUGAUUCAGGUGUGUUGGAUUUGGAACACAUCUAAAAGUUGCAGGAAACCGGUCAUCUGGGACUGGAGUUUGACACCCCUGGUCCAGAGCAAUGGAGCUCUCUGACGGCGUUGAGAUGUACGCCUUUUAUUCCCUUUUCGUCUACAUCUUUUACACUGUCUUCAGAAAAGAGGAGGAGGAGGGGGAAACCUUGGAGGGAGCCUGUGGAGCUUCCCCAGAUGAGCCAGGACCUGUUUCCAUGGAAACAGGGAGCAGGAGAAGAGAUGGCCAUACCCCCAGAACAGGAAAAAAAUCUUGUACUCGAUAUAGUGAAUCAAGCAGCAGCUGUGACAGUGAUGAACUGAGUGACGAAGAUCAGGAUACUUCAGACAUACCUGCCUGCACUCCUCUGGCAGCUUUUUUGUCUUUCAAACAGGAGGCUGAGAAGAGGAGAGCCUCCCAAGUUCAGCUGGAGGCAACAGGAAAGUUAGUGGAGUCUCCCCUGGUCACAGUGAUGUCCCACUUGCUAAGCUUUCUGGAGCAGUACUCCCACUUCCAGCAGCUGCAGCAGCAGGCCGACCAGUACCGGGUCCAGCUGAAGAGACACCGCAUCCAGCACCGUCGUCAGAUGAAGGCUCUGCGGGGCUCCUAUCGCCAGCGCAUCAGAGACAAGAAUAGCAUCAUAAGCAGUCUGGAGGAGGCCAUCAGUCAGCAGCAGAGUCCCAGCCCACUAAAUGUGGGUGAGUCUAGCAGUGAUGUGGGGAGUCCUUCUGGUGUCCACAGGCUGGUGGAGUCUCUGUAUGGGCUGCAGGGUGAGAGGAGUAAACUGAAAGGAGAUCUCCGUCUACUCCACUCACAGCUGGAGCAAAAAGAAAGUGACAGACAUACUCAAAUACAGGCCUUUCAGCAGCAGAUUGAUGAACUCAAGAGCUGCAUAGAGGAGCGUGAGGAGGAGCUGUCAAGACUGAGAACAGCCACUGGGGCCACGGACUCAGAGAAGCGAGUGCUCUGUCUGUCAGCUGAGAACGAGAGCCUGAAACAGAGCCUGAGCGUUACACAAGGCCUCCUGCAGCAGCUGACGACCAUCCCAUCUCAGUCCAGCACCAUGCUGAUCAAGGAGAAUGAGAACCUUCGUGGCAGAGUUCAACAGCUGGAGAUCUCCCUGCAACAGCGGGCCGAGCAGCUCUCACAGCUUGAGAGUAAGAGUGAACAGAGGGAGUGGAGAAGAGGAGAGGAGCUUAGACAACGAGAGGACAGAGUAAGGGAGCUGGAGCUGGAGCUGAAUAAAGAAAGAGGCAAGGAGCCAGUUGUUAAGUAUGUCACACAGACAGUGGAGGUGGAAUCGCCAGCCACAGUGAGGCAGCUGACCAAAGCCAGACAGAGGAAUGAGGUGCUAUCUGAAAGGCUGUCCAGCCAGAAUGAGAGGUGCAAACACCUGGAGGAACAGAUCAGGAAGUCAGAUGAAUAUAGCUGCAACCUGCAGCACAAGAUUGCAGCAUAUGAACGAGAAAUUGGGAAACUUCGGGAGGAGCUGCUGAAGGAGAUCGGCCACUUGGAGGAGAGGAAAGAAGAGGCUGUGAAGGCUGCUGCCAGCUGUUCUGCUGAACACUUUCAGAACCUACAGGACCAAUUCUUCACUUUGCAGAAGCGUCUAACAGCUCUCCCUCCAACCUUGCGCUCCAUGAAGACAGACUACGCCAGUCUGAGGAGUCAGGUUAGAAACUUCUCCGAGUUUUAUGGUGCAGCUAUAACUGAAGCCAAAAAGCAGAUUUCGGCAGCUAUCAGUGAGAUGUCUGAAGCCAACAAAGAUCUUCUGGAGAAAUACAGGAAAGAAGUGGCCCUGCGUAGGAAGUUGCAUGAGCAGCUGGUGGAGCUGAAAGGCAACAUCCGUGUGCUGUGCCGGGUCAAGCCUGUACUGAAGGAGGACCAGCAUGAGGAAGGUCAGUCUGUUGUUGUGACGACGGACCCCAACAAUGAGUCUUCCCUCACUGUAAUGAACAAGGGAAAGAAUCGCAGCUUUGAGCUGGACAAGGUCUUCCAGCCACAUGCCACACAGGAAGAGGUCUUUCAGGAGAUUGAACCUCUUGUGACAUCCUGCAUUGAUGGCUACCAUAUCUGCAUAUUUGCAUAUGGGCAGACAGGCUCUGGAAAAACCUACACCAUGGAGGGCAGCGUGGAAAACCCAGGAAUUAACCAGCGAGCUCUGAAACAUCUCUUUAGUGAGAUCGAAGAGAGGAAGGACAUGUGGUCUUACACAGUCACAGUCAGCUCGGUGGAGAUUUACAACGAGGUUCUGAGAGAUCUGCUGAGUAAGGAUGGAGAGAAGCUGGACAUAAAGAUCAACCCAGAUGGAACAGGUCAGCUGCAUGUACCAGGCCUCAGGGUUAUAGAAGUUAGGAGCUUUCAGCACAUCAAGAAGAUUUUAGCCACAGCUCGAAGGAAUAGGGUCACUUUUGGUACUCAGAUGAACCAGCACAGCUCACGCUCCCACGCUCUUCUGUGUAUCACCGUCCAGGGUACUGACCUGGCUUCUGGGUCUAAAACCACUGGUAAGAUGAACCUGGUGGACUUGGCUGGCUCUGAGAGGGUCUGGAAGUCUGGUGCUGAAGGAGAGAGGCUGAAGGAGGCCCAGAACAUCAACCGCUCCCUGCUGGCACUCGGGGACGUCAUUCAGGCUCUUCGGGGUCGGCACACUCACAUCCCCUUCAGGAACUCUCGCCUCACGUACUUAUUACAGGACUCCCUGGGCAAAGGCAGCAAGACCGUCAUGGUGGUACAGGUGUCUGCUCUGGAGAGAAAUCUGGGCGAGACGUUAUGCUCUCUGAAGUUUGCUCAGAGGGUUUGCAAGGUGGAGCUGGGUCCAGCAGCCAGGAAGAUUGAAUCUGGUGGUGGUCUGUGUGACUGAGGGCCUUGAACACAUCAGGGAGUCCUGUUACAGCAUCUGGGAAAGUAUUCACACCCCUUUAGCUAUUUCACCUUGUGUCACCUUAAAACGUUUAUUGGGGUUUUAUUUGAUAGACUAACACAAAGUUGGGCAUGAUUGAAAAGUGGGCCUGCAAAUUAUUAAUUUUUUGUACAACUAUGUUUACAAAUGAAUGCUGAAUUGUGGGUCAUGAAUGUGUGUUUAGUUGGUAAAUACAAGCCCAACUUGUUAAAUACAGGUUGGGCCUGUAUUUAACUGCAUAUAUCUUCUCAUCACCUUUGAACAGCUUCCUUGUCUAUGCUGAACAAAAACACCCCUCACAGCACAAUGCUACCUCCACCAUGUGCCACUGUGGGAGUUGUGUAUUCUAGGUGAAGUGCACUGUUCAUUUUUUGCAACACAUUUAUCUUUGGAAUCAUCAGUCUAAACCAUCUUCGACAUGUUUGCUGAUGUGUCCCCUGUGGCUUUUGGCAAACUGCAAGCAGCAAUUCUUAUGCUUUUCUUCUUGCCAGGCUUAAACCAAUAGUUGUUCUGUCGACAGAUUAUCCCACCUGAGCUGUGGAUCUCUGCAGCCCCUCCCAAAUUACUUUGGGCCUCUUGGCUGCUUCUUUCAUUAGUACUCUCUUUGACCGCCUGGCAGUUUAGCUGAACAGUCAUAUCCUGGUAGGUUUGCAGUUGUGUUGUCACUUCAAAAUGAUGCACUACUUUGUGUUUAUCACAAAAAAACUCAAAUAAAAUAUGUUAUCUGUGGUUCCAAUGUGAAAAACUUCAAGGGUUAUGAAUACUUUUUCUAAAGCAUUAUGUCCUUCACCCUGAUAGCCAGUUUUAACACUAUAGUAUCAACAGGAUCAGCUACCAACCCGAUUAAGGGCUAAAUCUGUGGAGGUCUGCAGUUUGAGGACAAGGAUCGAUCCUCUCCGCCAUGUUCAGUAAUUACCCUUUAUUAUUAGUUCAUCUGCAUGCCUUCAGGAAUAUUUAUUCUGCCUGUCUGAGGGCCACUACAUCCUCUGACCCUCAGCUGAAAAACCUGUUGCUUCCUUGAACCACUGUUUCAUUUCGAUGUAUAGGAGACUCUGGAAUAAAUCCCAACCUCGGUGAUCAUCACACUGUUUAGAGCUGCCUCAUGGUAAACCGUGGAGUCACAAUGUCAGCACUUUACUUUAUGGAGCCAUUUUCACCAUUCCUGCUAUAAAUGCCUGUAGUUUGUGAGCGUCAUUGCUGUGACAUAUUUUGAGGUUGUAAUUUGUAGAAACGGCUAAAUUAUGAGCUGCAAGAACAUUUAAGACCCAUAUUUAUGUUUUUGUGAAUUUUCAAACAGCAGUGUCUGAAUGCUUAGAUUUGCCCUGAAUUUUUGCCUUUGGAGGUGAGACUGGAGGUGUUUUGAGGGGAGCUGGUGGCCUUGUACAUAAUGAACUGUGCACCAGCUCCUGAUGGAGAUGGUGUGGGGCUAAGUAGAUAGAAGAUGCUCUUUACUGUAAAAGAGCAGGAUCAUUUCAGUUUACAACAAAGGUCAUGAGUAAAUGUUUCACAAAAUACAGGUUAUUUAUUGUUUAUAUUUAUUCAUCUGUUUUUCAUGCACCGAAACAAAACUUGCUUUUGAUUCUAAUGUAGCAAAACACUAUGUAGCAGUUCCUAUCAGGAAGGUUUAGAGGUCUUUCAAUGGUAGAGUGAAUCUUCAGGUAAUUUUCUGAAUAAAUGUGUAAUUAAAAUGU